UUUUAGCGUUAGACAAAAUGAGUAAAAAAAGGCUCAGUAGCAUAUUCCGGCGCAAUAGAGAGUCCGAAAUAGAAAACGACGAAGAAGACGAGCCAGUACCCGAGGCCAAAACCGAACCGAGCUCUCAGGAUAACAGCUCAAAAGCCCAAGAUAAGCCAAAAGUGAAGGAUGACGUAGAGAUACUGCCGGUGCCGGUGCCCGAGGGCGAGAUGCCCACAUAUUUCCACGUGGGUGGUGCGGCCAAGGAGUGUCUCAUCAGGGGCUACAAGUUUGGCGUCUGGCACUUGCGGUGCUCCUCUAAGAUGGAUAACGGCGUCGUCUUGAGCAGCUUCGGAGAGGGCAAUCCCCUCUUGACUUCCGUGUUUGGAGGGCUCGAGGUUUUCAAAGAGUUCGAAAACUCUCACACGUCCCUCACCUGGGUAACCAGCAGCAACGAGUUUAGAGGGGAGCUCGGAGUUCGAGGUUUGGUGGCUGGCGGCAUAGCCCACUCCAUUCUGAGGUCAGCACUUUCCAUGACGGAUGAACACCAGUUAAGUAUAGGUUCAAGCUUGCUAAAAGCUGGCUUUAUGCGCAGUCCUUUCAAUAUCGAGAUAGUGGUGCCAAUUGUGAAGGAGCCCACGCUAAUGGGAUACGUCCUUGCGGCUCCUGCUGAGAACUGGCUUCUGGGCUACCGCACGGUAUACAGCGUCGCCGAGAAAGCAUUCGACAAGCACGCCUUCUGCUUGGGAUACAACAACGGGUCCACCGAAAUGGGCCUCAAGGCGGAGAACUUCAAGGAUCUGCGGGGCUCUCUCUUUCAGCGCAUUGGCGAGAGCUGGGCCGUGGCUCUGAAAAUGAACUUUUAUGGCGAGGAGCAGCUAAAGAAGUUUGCCAUUGGAUGUCAGUACCAGCUGGAGGACGGAUCGCUGCUGAAGGCCAAGGUUCGAGACGAUGGAAACGCGGGAGUGGUCUUCCAGACGAAAAUUGGCGAAAACGUUGAUGUGACGUAUCAUGUGGGCUGCGAUGGCAAAGCCCCGAUUAGUGGUGAACAUAAGAUCGGUGCUUCAUGGAUUUUCAACUGUUAAGUGUAGAAGUUAUAAUGUUUAAGAUAUCAAGAAUGCAAUAGUCAAUUUUACGGCAUAAACAUGUGUGCAUAUAUAUAAAUUACAAAAAUAAUUAG